AUGAAGCGAAAUAGCUUGAAAAUCUGCAGCCGCUGCAUUAGUCGAGACAGGAAGAAAGGCCCCAACGAGCCCUACUUCUUUAGCGCUGCGAACAACCUUGACUUUGGGGAAGUCCCGAGCGAUCUACCCGAUCUAACGAUGGUCGAGGAGAUGCUCAUUGCUAGAGUUCACGUACAUGUGAAGGUCCUGCAGCGCCACCACCGGGGCUAUCGCGAUAUCGUCGUCCCCAAAGGCCCCGUCGAGGAGGCUGUGGAAGAGGAUCCUAGCGAUGCCGAUGCAUCAGCGAUCCCGAAUUUGCAGGUUACCGAUACCGAAUUGAACGCUCUGCAGUCCCGAUUUCUUGAUGGUACCCCUAACCCUGAGCUUCGCAGGACCCCCAUCGACGAAUUCAACCGUUCCCAGCCGCUGCUAACGCUUGCAUUCCCUACCCUCUACCCUGACGGCAAGGCCGACUUCGUGGAGCCUCGUUUACGGAGCAUCACGUUCCAGGACUACCUUGCCCAUGCGAUGAGAUGGCAUGACGGACGUUUCGCCCGCCAUAAGACGUGGCCUUUCGUCGCCCUCAACACGCUGUUACAGGAAGCAAUGGCUGAGCCUGACGAGCCGGAGGCUCAGGUCCUGAUCCAGUCGAUCACGCGCCAAGCCGCAAAGUUCAACCUAACGGACUCUUGGGGCCGCUACGAGUGGGGCGAGCGGAACGAUGGCCAGAUUAACCACUACAACCGCUUGCUUACCGUUGCGUGGCUAGCCAAUACAGAUGUUUCGCCUUGCACGAGUCUACAGCAGGUAAUCGAUUACGCGGCCAAAUACUGCUCCAAGUCGGAAAAGAAGAGCGAGUCUUUUGCCCAGAUUGGGAAGGCCCUGAUGCCCCGGGUCAAGGACCACAACCCCUUGAUUUCCUUCACGUCAAAGCUCCUCAAUCAGCUGGUUGCGGAGCGGGAUUACUCGAAGCAGGAGGUCAGCCACUUGCUCCUCGGCCUGCCGUUACAGGAAGGGCAUUCCCGCUCCCUCCGUAUUGACGGCGAUGAGGUGGACGAGGCCCCCAACGUUUACGAAAAGUACACUCAACGCCCGGAAGCCCUAGCGGACCUAAGCUACGUCUCCUUCCUGAAAUGCUGGAAUUUCCGCCCUAGGGACCCUUCCAAGUGGAAGCAAUGGCAGCCAGGCAACAUUAACGGCAGGCCUCGAGUGCUGGUUUACUUUCCUCGCUAUCAGGCUGAUCCAGAAGGUCAACAGUGGUCAGAUUACUGUCGUGAAGAUCUUGACCUACUUGGCCGCCGCGAUAUCGACAUCAAUUACGACUGGACACAGCAUGUGGGUACUUAUCCGGAACUCCGAGACGGCUACUGGAAAGACCUUAUCGCUAGCCACCCCAUGGCCAACGAUGUGGAGGUCCUUGGCCCUCACUGGCGUAAUACGCUGAAUACGCAACAACGGCUCGUGUACGACACAUUCAUGGGCCACUUCCAGGCGCAAAAUCCUGCUCAAAUCCUUCUCCACGUUGAUGGUGGUGGUGGCACAGCCGCCCUACCGAAUCCUAGCCCUAUAUGCCGCGUGGCGCCAACAGGCGUUGCGAGUAACCAGAUACAGGGCAGCACCAUUCAUUCGUUGCUGCGCCUCCCAGUAGGCGGUACUUUCACCGACCUUCCCCCGGCCGACGCAGCCGCCCUUCAGUCCCGCCUACGGCACAUCAAAUACCUCGUUAUCGAUGAAAAGAGCAUGCUAGGGCUUGAGCAGCUCGCGCGGAUCGAUUCCCGUUUGCGACAAGCCUUUCCACAGCGUAACCUCGAGUUCUUUGGUGGUGUGAGCGUUGUGCUUGUGGGCGAUUUCUUCCAGUUACCACCAGUCCGACAAAAGCCCCUGUAUUCGACUAGCACCGGCCUGUCUUCGUUGGAAAGGAGAGGGCAGGUGGCCUACCGCCUAUUUGACCGCACCGUCUUCCUGACCACGGCACAGCGCCAGGCUGGUGAUGAUCAGGCCCAGUUCCGUCAGGCGUUGCAGGAACUGCGUGAUGUAAAGUUAUCUAUACCAUCCUGGAACCUCCUUAGCAAUCGGGUACAGGCACGGGUCAACCAAUACAACCACGAGCAUAUGGUGCAUCUCAACGCCCCGGCAAUACAAGUGGAGGCAAAGAAUCACGGCAACGGCGCUGGGCAGGCACCAAGCAACAAUGCUGGCAAUCUAUCUAACAAGUUCCCUGUUGCUAAGGGCACCAGGGUGAUGCUCACGACUAAUCUGUGGCAAUCAGCUGGCCUAGUUAACGGUGCUCAGGGAAAAUCUCACCCCAUCCUGCCAGUCAGGCGGGACUUCCUUGUGGGCAACGAGACCUGCGCUCGCACGCAGUUUCCCCUAAUCGUGGCGUUUGCUAUUACUGUUCACAAAUGCCAGAGCCUAACAAAGGAUAAAAUAGUUACUGAUCUCGCUACACGCGACUUCCAGGCCGGUAUUAGCUAUGUUGCCGUCUCACGGGUUACCUCGCUCAAAGGCUUACUCCUUGAGGCGCCGUUCGAUCGUCAGAGCCUCUAUAACCACACGCCGACGGAAGGGAUGAAGAUGCGCCUCGCUGACCAACAACGGCGUCAGGGUCAACAGCUGAGCGAUCCACUGUAUCCACCACUCUACCGUGACUAA